AUGGCACCUCCUUUUAUGCCACCCAGCUCAGCUGAGAAACCGGAAGUCCCAACAUGGAUCCCUCCCCGCCCAACAAAAAUGCGUCUCGAUUGGGCUGAGCUUCGGACGAUCGAGUUGUCUCUCCUUGAUUCAGAUGAUCCCGCUGUCGUUGCUGAACUUGUGGCCACUACCAGAGCCGCCAUCAAAGAGGACGGGUUCUUGUUCCUGACAAACUAUGGUGUCUCGCUUGAGCAGCUGCAUCGUCAAUUUUCCCUAGCUCAAUAUCUCCACUCAAACAUAUCCGUCGAGGACAAGGAGAACCUGCUAUGGGACCCAUCAACCGGCGUCUUCGCAGGUUUCAAGCCUCGCUUCGGAUGGAAGCGAGAAAAGGGCAACUACGACGGCAUCGAGCACUUUAACUUCUACUCCCCCGAGUUUGCGGACCUGAGCCGGGUGCCGGCAUGCAUCCUCCCAUUCAUGGACGAGAUCACGGCAUUCUGCGAUUAUCUCGUGAGCUCCGUCAACCGUCGACUGCUGAAACUGCUGUCCAUGGUUCUGGAACUCCCGGCGGAUUAUCUAUGGGACAACGUGCAGUCGCACGACGGGCUGGUCGGCGACGGCUACUUCAGACACGCGCUCUACUAUCCCCUAGAUAAAGAAGCCAGAGCUGCGCGCAAGGGAGUCAGGAUGUACGGGCACACCGACUACGGGACGACGACCCUCCUCUUCUCCGUCCCCGUCACGGCGCUCCAGAUCUGGAAGAACAACAAGUGGAAGUACGUCAAGUACAAGCCGGGCGCGCUGGUCGUCAACCUCGGCGAGACGCUCGAGGUGAUCUCCGGGGGCCACUUCAAGGCCACGCUGCACAAGGUCGCGGACCCCCCCGAGGACCAGCAGCACGAGCAGCGGCUCUCCCUGGUCUUAUUCAAUGGGUCGAAAGGGGGUAUGCGUCUGAAGCCUGUGACAGAAUCGCCGCUGAUACAGCGCGAGGGAUUUAUACUCGAGCAGGGAGUUUUCAUGCAGUUCAAAAAGCUUAUCGAUUCUGGCAUUCCGGUCCCCACAAACAAGGAAUGGAGAGAAGCUCAAGUCAGAACCCGCGUCCAACUCCCUCCCGAAGAGCGACUCCACGGGAUCAAAGAGGUCAACGGCACGAAGUACGGACAAGACAUCAUCCUCGGCGUCCCGGUCAUGCUGCCCGUCUAA